AUGAUAUUAGCAAUUCUUGCAUCUGAACGAAAAGAUAAUGAAUUACAAACACUUUUCUACAAAGGUCUUAGUGAUUUGGGCACUGAUUUUCCUUCUGAAUAUAUUGAACGUCUUUUACAAAUGCAAUACAAUUCAAAAUUAUAUCCUGAAUUACUUAAAAAUUUAAUUAAUUUUACGGGUGUACAUUUAUCAAAAUUCAAUACUGAAUUAGAAUUACCUAUUGAUACAACUGAUUUAGAUGAUCUCAAAGAAGCAGAUUUUCUUUUACCAGAAUUUUAUCGAACAGAUUAUUAUGGUAUGUUUCUUGUUACAAUUAUUGAUAUGGGUUGUAUAUCAGUUGCAUUACGUCUUUUACCUAAUUAUAAAUCUAAUGUACGUUCAACAGAUCAAUUAUUAUGUCUUGAUGUAAUGUCUGCACUUGCAUUAAAUGAUCAUCUUAUUGAAUCAUGUCAAUUAUUUGAAUAUCUUUCAUCAUUAUCAAAAUUAUCAGCACAAUCAUGGUUUCAAUAUUCCGAAUGGUUAAUGUCAUUAUCAAAAUUUCAUGAAGCAUAUGAAGCACUUGAACAAACAUUAAGACUUGAUUCACAAUAUAAAGAAGCACGUUUAUCAUUAUCAGCAUUACAAAAACAAAUUGGUAUGAAUGAACAAAGUCAACAUACAUUAGCUGAAGUUGUUAGUCGACCAAUAAAACAAGAAUUAAAUGAUAAAACAGACGAUAAUAAUAAUAAUAAUAAUAAUAAUAAUAAUAAUAAUAAUGAUGAUGAUGAUGAUGAUGAACAACAAGAAGUAACAGUUGAAAAAAUUCAUUUAUUAGUUGAACGUUGUAUAACAUUAUAUGAUCAAAAUCAAUUAACAUAUUUUAUACCAUGUGCAAUGCAAUUAUUUUUUGGUUCAAUUAAAUAUUUAUUAACAAUUGAUUGUUCAAAACGUUUAAUUAAUUGUGGAACACGUGCACGUCGUCUUGAAUUAAUACAAAAAUUAGUUGAUGAAAAACGUAUUAUAUUAAAUCCAUCAUAUACAAGAAUAAAUACAGUAUUAAAAAAUCGUAUUAUUGAUUUAUAUGGAAAAUUUUGUGAUGUACUUAUACAUAUUAAACGACAUGAUCUUCUUUUAAGAGUUACUGCAGCUGGAACAGUUAUUCCAUUUCUUUAUGCAAGAAUUGAUUGGCUUAUUCUUACAGAAUUUUUAUUAUUUAUCAGUUUAAUGUUACAACAAAAUGGUGAUCUUGCAUUUCAAACAUGUCGAGAAAUAUUUCGUUGUUAUUCAAAAUCAACAGUUAUACAAAAUUUAUUUGCUUUAACAGCAACAAUAACACCAAGUGUUCGUUUACAAAAAUUUUGUGUACGUUCAUUACAAAAACGACCUAAUUCACCUAUACUUCAUCAUAUGGUUGGUAAUUUUGCAUUAAUUGGUGGAACAUAUCGUUUAGCAAUUAUACAUUAUAUGAAAUUAUUUCGUUUAACACCUGAUGAACCACUUGUUUCAUUAUUACUUGCUAUAUCAUUUGUACAUAUUGCUUGUCAAAAAUAUGCUUAUUCAAGACAUCAACGUGUUUUACAUGCACUUGCUUUUCUUAAAAAAUAUAGAAAUUUACGUGGAGAAUGUACAGAAACAUAUUAUAAUAUAGGUCGUUUAAUGCAUUUUCUUUCAUUACAUUAUGCUGCUGCAUAUUUUUAUCAUAAAUGUUUAGAAACUGAAUCACCUAUUAUUGAUAAUAAUGAUAUAUAUGGAUUAAAAUAUCAAGCAGCAUAUAAUCUUGCUUUAAUUUAUAAAGCAAGUAAAAAUGAAAAAUUUGCUCGACAUAUUAUUCGAACAUAUAUGACUUUAUAA